GCACCAGCAAAAUUACAUAAAUACAGGACCGAAAAAGGGCCGGCGUUGCAUUUGUUGCAAUCUAUUGCAUUAAAGUCAAUGAAAACCGGGCAACAGGAGCCGGGAUUGUAACGUGCUGGUACUGAAGUAUGAGUGGAUACUAUUACUUCGACGUACAGUUGAAAUUACGCGACCCAGAACAAGUUGUGCUUACACCUGCCUAUUUUAGGGGCUGCAUUUUGAACUCAUUAGAAAGUUUUUUUGGUGAAAUCGGGGGGAAAACCCAGUUGGAUAUUGUCAGAUUCAGUGCGGGAAAGAAGCGUGUUGUCUUCCGCGUGCCCGAGGACUUUUUUGAGCGCACACGUACCGCCGUGACUUUAAUUGGCCACUACCAGGAGGUACCGUGCCACUUUCAAGUACUCGAAACUUCAAAUACACCACUUGACUUUGAGAAAGGGACAGAUCCUACCGCUGGUGAAGAAGCCAGCAAUACGAAAGAAGAUAGCCCAAAUUCUUAGGAAAAAACACUCUUAAAAUGGCAUACUCAUACU